CGAACGCACUGCUGUCGUCCAUGGCAGAGAUGGGAGGGCACACUGUCACAUAGACUGUCAGCUCAAAAGCGCCCCUGCGAUGGCUAAGCGGAUAAGUAUGUCAGUGAGUAUCGACACAGACGAAGACGGCACGUCGUGUCAUCGCUGGCAGCACAAAAACAGAUACACGAGUCGAAUAAAAGUCAGCACACACACACGGCAGAUGACAUAGACACCCCACGUCGAUCUCGCCGCCACACGCACACACACAAUGGACAGAAGAAUAAAAACCACUGCGAUCACCACACACACGACAGGCCGACGGAGAGCACACACACACGACAAUCCCACUCAGCCAUCCAACACACGCACUCACGCAGUCAAAACUCUCUGUCGCUCUCACAGACCAUCCCGUCGAAUGAAAAGGAAACACACACGGCAGACAGAAACCGCCGCAUGAGUGUGUGGGGGGCCGACAGACAGACAAUACACUCAUUCCUUCGCUCAAAACCGAGGCACAACGAGGGAAGAGCCCCCGGCCGCACACAUGAGUGUGUGACACACAGCCGCCCCCACGUGUGUGUGUGUGUGUGUGUGUGGACUCUCUCCUACCCUAUGCGGAUCAACCGCAGCUGAAAGUAGCAGACAGCAUAGAUGGCUGGCACUAUGAUUUGCCUCACUUCCCCCUCCCGCAUCGACAGCAUCGCCUCACGCAGCCACCAACCCGUACUAGACACACGCCACACCGCCCCACGGUCCUCGCAGACUUUGUCCCGGCCGUCGAAUGCAUCGCGCCACCCGAUGCGGUCAUACUUGAUGCGGUCGGUGUCCGUGGGCCAUCUGCCGGUGCCCUCCGUGACGAUGCGAUAGCGCACACCCAACGGGGUCACAGUGAAGCCAUCAAUGUUGCUGUAAAGGAAGGGACCAAACAUGACAGACGGCGAGGUAUGUCUUGUCCGUCCUCCUUUGCACCUGGCCCGCUGUGCUGCGGUGGUGUUGGCCGACUGCUGCUGCUGCGUGCCGCUCGGCUGCGGUCCAGCGGUGCCGGCAGAAAUCCUCACCGGCGCACCGCCACCACUGGCCACACUGACACACACACACAGACACGUGAGCCAAUGGAUCAAUCAGUGUGGCAGUCAUGGGCAGUCGAUUUGCUUGGGAUGCACACCUGCGGCUGUUGGAUGUCCGCUGGGCCGUCGGCCGCUGGGGAAUCCCACGCAGCCUGUUUAAUGCAGCCACACAGCCCAUGAGGGCGAGAGAGAGGGUGGGAGAUGGCAUAUCGGUGUGUUUGAUUGAUUACCGGGGGUCUUGUUGGUUGCCUCCUGCUGUGCCGUAGAUGGGAAUGAGGCUGUCGACCGUCACGCCCGCCUUGCACACCGGACAGUCCGUCAUGCGGUGACCGACCAGCCACUCGCGAAGACACGCCCAGCAGUACUACGCGGCACACGACACACCCCACACUCACACCACUCAUGUGCGACGUACCCUGUCCCGUGUCCUGCAUCAUGUGGUGCAUCAUGGGUGGUCUCCCUCACCAGGUGGCCGCAUCGCGUGACGACCGGCUCCGUGACCUCCUCGAAGCAAAUGCCGCACGCGAACGGCGAGGCAUCGUGGUUGUCGCCACUGCUGGCCACUGCUCCCUCGCCGCUUGCAGCUGCUGGUGGUGGUUCGUUGUGGUCAUGGACAGGUGACCUGACACACAGGAGGGCACACCAAGUCAGGAUCAACACACGUGUGUGUGCUGUGCUGUGUGAAGAUCCCUCACGUGUCUGUGUCAGCGGAGCAGAACUUGAUGCGGUCGUGGAAUGACCGGUCGAUGGCCACACGCCGCCCCUGCACGUCCAU